CAAAUUUCGUAUGUCCACGAAAGAUUAAGUUUAUUUUGCAUGCAUUUCAAAUGGCCGUGGAAAGCUCUAGGAGUUGAAUUUCGGUUUCAAUAUAAUCUCUCUCCGUCUGUCAGGUCGACGUUUGCCUGCAACAGGGUCCACCCCAACUCCUCCACCAAAUGGGUGAUAAAGGACAACGACAAUGUGGUCGUCGCGGAGACGGAGCAAGGCCUGUUUUACUCCCAGGAGGCCUACGUGGUGCGGUGGUCGUACCGGAUCACCGUCGUCAAGGAGCUGGAGGGACUUUCCCCUGGGAGUGGCAUGUUUGCGAGGGAAAGGAAGAUGCAGCAGGCAGCGAAGGAUCGGGAGGUGAAGGACGCGCAGACCAACAAGAGUGCCCGUGGCAACGACAGCUCCGACACGGAGUCCGAGGACGAGAAGGAGGAGGGAGACGACGACGAGAGUAAGCGAAGGCUCGAGAGCGGCGGCAGAGACAAGGUCGCCUACUUCUUCUGGCAGGGUGAGAUGGCCGAUUCGAACGACUGA